UAUUUGUGGAGUCACCGGCUGUUAUCAGAGGAAUAAAUACCACUUGUUUAGUCUGAUCGCUACCACUAUCCGGCUGUCGUACACAGGAACACCAAGAAGCAGCCGAUCAUUCCAAACUGAUAAGCAAUUACUAAGCAACUUAUUAUAUAUUCGUGGCUUUACAGUGACCCCUACGCAAUGGCAGCUAAGAAAUUGGAUGCCAUCAUUUUUGGUGCCACCGGUUUUACCGGCAAACACACGGUCCUGGAAGCUGUGUCAGUUCUGAAGGGCCUGAACUGGGGAAUCGCCGGGCGUAACCAGGAAAAACUGCAGUCGGUGCUUAAGGAAAUGGGUGCAAAGUCCAAAACAGAUCUUUCGCAGACACCCAUCAUCAUAGCCGAUGUGAACGAUCAGUCAUCACUAGAUGAAAUGGCCAAGCGUUGCCGCAUUGUGGUGAACACUGCUGGGCCAUAUCGCUUUUAUGGCGAAAAUGUGGUUAAAGCCUGCAUCGAGGCAGGCACACAUCACGUUGACGUUAGCGGCGAGCCUCAGUAUAUGGAAUCCAUGCAGCUGAAGUACAACGACCGUGCCAGGGAGCGGGGAGUGUACGUGAUCAGCGCCUGUGGCUUUGACUCCAUUCCCGCCGACAUGGGCGUCGCCUUUAUAGAGAAGAACUUUGACGGAGUUGUAAACGCAGUGGAGAAUUUCGUCCAUUUUGGAGUCAAGGGUGGUACAAAAGGUGCGGGCGGCGCUACUCUUAACACUGGCACUUGGGAGAGUGCCAUUUUCGCAAUCGCGAACAGGAGUGAGUCAGUCGCCAUACGCAGGAAGCUAUUCCCAGAUCGUCUGCCUAAAUUCCAUCCCGAGCUUAAGCCACGAGCGCCCCUUUCCCUUGCUGAUGAGGUGGGUAAAGUAAUCCUGCCCUUCCCGGAGACGGAUCGCUCCGUGGUUAUGCGUUCGCAGCGCUACCUGUACGAGAAUGAGAAGAAACGUCCGAUCCAGAUGCAAGCCUACAUGACGUAUCCCUCGCGGUUAGUUGCUGGCGUGGUUGUCUUCUUUGCUGCUAUUAUUGGAACUAUGGCCAAGUUUUCCUUUGGACGUCAGCUCCUGCUCAAGUAUCCCAGCUUCUUUUCCGGUGGAUUGGCGUCUCGGGACGGUCCGAGCGAGGCGCGCAUGGAGCGUUCGUUCUUCAGAAUGACAAUGAAAGCCACCGGAUGGCCCAAAUCACAGAUCCUCACCGAAAGUACAGACCAGUACACGUCACCACCAACUAAAACCUUAACAGUACAAAUAACUGGUCCUAACCCUGGCUACGGUUCCACCUGUGUCGCCUUGUUGUCUACGGCAAAGACCAUUCUGAACGAGAGCGAUAAAAUUCCAAGUACAGGCGGAGUCUUUUCACCGGCUGCCGCCUUCUCCAAGACGAGCCUAAUCAGCGAGUUGGAGAAGCACGAGCAUGGUAUUAAGUACGAAAUUGUAGCCAACAAGUAAAUUGUGUACGUAUAUGUAUUUUAUUUAAAGCGGGAAUCGGAUUUUUAAUAAACCACAGGAAAUUUGUUGUAGCUCAUGGGUACCAAUAACAAAAACCAAA